AUGGCGGUCUAUCAACAAAGUUCUCAAGAAAACGUAAUCUAUAACAUCAACAUUUCCAAUUGCAAUAUUGAAACCUUGUUCAUUGGAGAUGGAAACACUGUGAAUACAAGCUCAUGCCGUCGGCGACUUGACUAUCCAGUGCAACGCACAGAUUCUAGCUCAGGAACAGCUACCCAAGGAAUAGUAAACCACGACGGUGAAUGGACGGGAACAAAGAGGAAGCAAACCAAAAUUAGAUUCCCACAACGCAAACACCGUGCCAAUCCAAAAUUUUCCUUUAGACCUAUUUCAAGCAAGAGCGAAGAAGAUACUAGUUACGGAACAGAAGUUCUCCGAACUGUUUCGGGGGAAAGCGAUCGCGGAUUUGAAAUCUCGAUGAAGAAAUUCCAUUCUGUUUUGAACAAUCUGCAUCGUUUACGAGACAGUGGAAAUUUCAGAGAGUUUAAUAGCGUCGCAGAUCGCGUCCUUUUGACUAACAAAGGCGAUGACGAACUCGAAAUAUUAAUUCUCAUUGAAAAAAGUGUCGUCGUCAGUUAUCAGAACGACUUGGAGAAGGCAGAAAUGAUGGUCCAAGAAGCUUUGGACACCCUCUCGAAAUCGAAAGUGAAAGAUGAGAUGUUCUACUUCCUGGUAUCUAUGGCAAAUCUACACCUUGCCGGCUUUUACCGACGACAGAACAAGCACGGAAAUGCACACUCCAAAAUUACAAUUGCUGAUCAGAACUCGCAAAGAGUAAACUCGCGCUUCUUAACAGCCCUGAUAUUCUAUGAAAAGGCUAGCAGUUUGAUCAAGUACAUUUCUGUUUUACCUUAUCCGUCUUUACGCAGCAAGCUAGUUAAACAGUCUAAGGAACAUAUGAGGCUGUGCAUAGCAAUCUGCAUUGAACUCGAUAAUGACGGCAUUUACAUUAAAAAACACCUCUCUGGGCUGCUUAAACUAGCUCUCCUGGACUUGAAUUGCCACACAAGACCAGCCCGGCAUCAUCCGACCAGUAUUCAAAGCAUCACAGAUGCGAAGACCAUUCUUGAAAAAGUCCAAAAGAAUUAUCGGAAUGAAAUUAGCGAGCGACAAAAGAUACAAUUCUUUGUGGCCAAGUCAGACCUGAAUUACAGGCUUGGCAAUCUACAGGCAGCACUAAGGUAUGCAAACCAAGCAUUGUCCCUUGCUGAAACUCAUGGAUCCAGUUUAGAAAUCACCGCCAUUAAGGAAAGACAAGAGGACAUGGACAAUGGAUACUACUGA